GUACCAACUACAUAGUAAAACUUACUUGAUGAAAGCUUUCUUCAUCUUCAUUAGUUGUCUCAGUGGAGGGACAUAUGCUUUCCUGUAAACUUUCACUAGAGUAUAGGAGGCAAACCAAUGUUGCAGUUAACGUGCCGUUAUUGCAAGGUGUUAUAGUGUAGUAGUAUGUGGAUUUAAUGUUGUUGGAUCUUCCUACCUUUUUAUUGGUUGGAUUGUAGCGCCAGCAUCUAAUUCGCCGCAAGUCAUUUCUGAAUCCCGUGUGAUUGAUCGUCCCGCGGUGUCCUGCCGGUGUCCUUGGGCAAUCCAAAGCAGCUUCUCCAUCAACUGCAAUUUCUCUCGCUUCGUCAUUUGAAUCCCCAAUAUGAUUGGCUAAUGGAAGUAGAUCCAGGAAGCAGAAUAGUCUAUUCGAUUUGCCGACAGAUAUUUCCAGCAUUCAGCUUACUCCAACCAGGAUUUAUCAGCAGGAAGCAGGAGCGGUUUGCAAUGGCAGCCAGAAGAGUUGUGGUGUUCCCAUCCUCAGCCGAGCUCGGCCCAGUGCUGGCUGAGCUCGUGUCAUCUCGGGCAGGGAAGGCCAUUGCGUCGCGUGGUCGCUUCACCCUGGGUCUCUCAGGUGGCAGCCUGGUGUCCAUGCUGAGCAAGGAGCUGCCCGCUCUGCCCAACCUGGACUGCAGCAAGUGGGUGGUCGGGUUUUGUGAUGAGCGGCUGGUCCCUUCCAAUGACCCAGAGAGCACCUAUGGGCUUUACAAGAAUCAACUGUUCACCAAGAUCAACAUCCCAGAGACUGCGAUCCUGUCCAUCGACUCUUCGCUGCCAGUGAAUGAGUGUGCGGAGGAUUAUGCUCGUAAACUGAAGGAGGUGUUCCCCGGAAACGACAAGCCCGUGUUUGACAUGCUGCUGCUGGGAAUGGGCCCAGACGGCCACACCUGCUCCCUCUUCCCAGGCCAUCCUCUUCUGGAGGAAACUGCGAGGAUCGUGGCCCCCAUCAGCGACUCCCCCAAGCCCCCGCCACAACGCGUUACCAUGACCCUUCCCGUGGUGAACUCGGCGCGCUGUGUGGUGUUCGUGUCGACGGGUGGCAGCAAGGCGCCCAUGUUGAAGGAAGUGCUGGAGGGGAGGGAAGGCCCAGCGUUCCCUGCAGCCCGGGUUUUGCCAACUGAAGGAGAGCUCUUCUGGCUCAUCGAUGGCCCGGCUGCUGCUGACCUGACGAUCACCGUAGAGAAGCCUGGAUCAGGCGCACGGCUUUAGGGUUUGCUCCUUUGCUACCUGGAGGACUGAGACAGAAUGUACAUUUUGUUAAAUAUGCAAGUUGUAACAAACAAAGUGUCAAAGUCCCUCUCUAGGAGAGAAUGUGUGUGUGUGUGUGUGUGUGUGUGUGUGUGUGUGUGUGUGUGUGUGUGUGUGUGUGUGUGUGUGUGUGUGUGUGUGUGUGUGUGUGUGUGUGUGUGUGUGUGUGUGUGUGUGUGUGUGUGUGUUCUAAUCAUUUGGUCGAAAGCUGGUCUGAACUGAAAAAAAUAAUUAAAAGUUUUGAAGA